CUCACCACAAACAACCUGACCACAAUGACGAACCCGACGCUCGACCCCUACGUCGCAAAGGCGACGAACGACGACCUGACGCCGCAAGAGAAGAUCGACGGCGUGAAGAAGAUCAUUCAGGAGGCAAAGUUCGGGAUGCUUACGACGCACUCGUCCGACGGACACCUAUACUCGCGCGCCAUGACGCCCGCGUCGCCGCAUGAUCGGAAUGAGUUGACCCUCACCUUCAUCGCCAACAACGUCUCGCCCAAGUUUGACGAGGUGAAGAAUGACUCGAACGUCAACGUCAGCUUCGCGCUUUCCAACACCGACUGGGCCUCCUUCUCCGGACAGGCGAAAGUCAGCCAGGACCCCAACCUCAUCAAGAAGUACUGGUCCUCGGUGGACAAGUCCUGGUUCGGCGACCUCAAGGACGGCAUCCACAAGGGCGACGAGACCGACCCACGCGUGUCCGUCAUCCAGGUCAUCCCCGAUGAGAUUCGGUACUGGACGGUCACGAAGAACGCUGCGGCGCGCGCGGUGGACAUCGCUACGAGUGCUGUGACUGGCAAUGCUGCGUCGCCAGGCGAAUUGAGGACGAUUACGAAGGCGGAGAUUCAGUUGACGCAAGGGUUGACGAGCAAGUAAAGAGG